AACAUCCCCCCACAAUGGCGACUGCCUAGAGGGAGCGGCAGGAGGAAAACAGCGAGAGCAGAAGCAUGGCAGAGGCGCGCAGAGAGGGAGAGAGCGUCUGAUAUAUCGUAGCUGAGAUAUCAAAGUCGUCGAGCAAGUCCCCACUCGAGCGAAGAGCGAGGGCGAAAACAGAGUUGGUAAGUGAGAAGGGAUAGUCAGGAGAGAAGGGUGGUUGGCGCAUCAUUUUGAGCAUUGAGGUGAACUCUGUCUCCCCUGGAACCAGGACACAGAAGGGCUACAGGUAUUUUCUGCGACAUCCACGAACUUCAGAGAGGCUUCAAGACACGAUCGGCAACUAAACAGAGAGUUUGUUCCCCGGUUGCUGGAACAUGCCUUCGGAACCUGCCAACUCCAAUGGGGUGAAAGACGAGAUAGAACUUGUUGGGCUUGGCCCAGAAAAUUCCAAUGGAAGCGCAAUGCUGGAGCGCGCUGACGUAGAGGGAUAUGCAUGCAAUGGCGAUGGGACGUACCUAGGCGCAGGUGAAAAGGUGCUGGAUGAAUGCGCGGUCGAGUUGGAACACAUUCGCAAGACUUACAACCUGGAAGGACGAGAUGAACAGGUCGUGGCGCUCAAAGAAAUUAACAUCUGCCACGAAUCCGAGAUUUAUCCCAUCAUGAAAGGAGAGUUCCUGAUACUCCGAGGGCCUUCCGGUGGAGGCAAGACGACUCUCUUAAACAUGAUCGGGUGCAUUGAUAACCCGACAUCUGGCGUCUUGAGAUUGUUCGGGGACAAGAUCACAGCAGAAACCAGUGACUCCUACCUUGCGAAAUUGAGAUUAGCCAAAAUCGGGUUUGUUUUCCAGACGUUCAAUCUCCUAGCAACCAUGUCUGCCUUUGAAAACGUCGAGCUUCCGAUGACCCUUCUUGGAGUUCUCAACAAGAAACAAAGACAAAAGCGCGCUGUCGAACUUCUCACCACGGUCGGAUUGUGGGAUCGCAUGGACCACUUGCCGUCGGAAUUGUCUGGUGGGGAGCAGCAGCGAGUCGCCAUCGCGCGGGCGCUUGCCAACAAGCCUGAACUGCUGCUCUUGGAUGAGCCCACAGGAGACCUUGACACGAGGAACACGAUCGACGUCAUGGACAUUCUUCUGGACAUCAACCUGAAGCAGAGAACAACCCUCGUCAUGGUGACGCACAAUCCGGACAUCGAGUGCUACGCAGACCGCGUGCUUUACCUUCAGGAUGGGCAGUGUGUGAAGCAGGCGCUGAACGAGUCGCAAUGCCGUUUAGAAUUCACAAAGUACAUGGACUUCUUGAACUCGAAGCAAGCUGACCCAUAG